GAGUGGUGAGGUGACGUUGAAUCUCUCCAGAAAAUCUAUUGGCUGCCGGUUAGAUAGAAACUAUAUAUGUUCGCGCGGGGAUUUUUUGACCAGUUUACAGACACGGAAGCGUCUAAAACAAGACUAAUUCCUGCAGAACGUUUUUCAAUAUUCGAAAGUAAACAUGAAGUCCGCAGUAGCUCUUCUGAUGAUCGGGGUAGCUCUCAUGUAUUCUGGAAAACCUUCCCUGCAAUACUUCAAGGAAACAUCAGGUUUAAAGGUUUUGACGGCACUGAUGGCUCCAUACCACAUUUUUGACUUCGGUGUGCAGGUGUGGGAAGAUCAGACCGGAACAACAGAUGCCUUCCGUCAGGAAGGUUAUGAUGGAGAGGACUCUCUGUCUCUUGAUUUGAAGGAGAAAGAGUUGAAAGAGUUGGAGGAGAAAGAGAUGAAAGAGUUGAAAGAGUUGGAGGAGAAAGAGUUGGAGGAGAAAGAGAUGAAAGAGUUGAAAGAGUUGGAGGAGAAAGAGUUGGAGGAGAAAGAGAUGAAAGAGUUGGAGGAGAAAGAGUUGGAGGAGAAAGAGAUGAAAGAGUUGAAAGAGUUGGAGGAGAAAGAGUUGGAGGAGAAAGAGAUGAAAGAGUUGAAAGAGUUGGAGGAGAAAGAGUUGGAGGAGAAAGAGAUGAAAGAGUUGAGGGAGAAUGAAGUUCUUUACUUCAGCCCUGUGUGCAGUCCCAGCAGGCGCCGGGCGUGAAUAUGAAGUCAUUUUGAUGUUGCACCCCAAAGUUAGAUAGAGGUUAUAUUUUGGCGUUGGGUCUUACGUUGGGUUCUGACGUCAAUCUGAUUUUAAUUUUCAACCAAAGUGCAACAAUGGAGUUUGACUCAAAUCGGGUUGAUGUCAGAACCCAAUGUAUUGGAGAAUCGAUAAUUCACUCUAUGCAGGGCUGCUUCACUGUGUAAUGUGAGAAAGCAGUGGUCUUUAUAAAAGAAGCACUUCAGAAGUAGAAAUUGCAUUUAUCAGGGCUCAUGGGAUCUUAUAAAAAUAAUCCAAAUUGCAAACUAAAUUGUAAUUUAUCUAUAUUCUGGGGGCUCUAUAUUCUAGCGGACCCCCCAGCAUGAGUUUAAAGUGACCGUUAUUUUAGUACAUUAUUUUAGAAAGUAUUAAUUGCUUGGAGAUGUGUCAUGCAGCUGGCAGAUAUGUAGGUAUCGCGAUAAGAUAUGGUUUUUUUCUUUUUUAUUUAAAAUUUUUCCAAAAAUCUUAAAGGUGGAGUCAGUAGUUUUUCAAACACACUAUUUGGAAGUUAGUCGGUCCGACACCAACAACAAACGUGUAACCAAUCAACAGAAGGGGGCGUAUGACGGUCGAGGAGAGAGAACGAGCAAAAGGGAGAUUUGAAAAGGAAAAAAAACUGCAGGAAGAGAGAUGAGACACAAUACAAAAGAGCUCAAAAGAAUAUCACUGGAAUGAAGGUUUAUGACUGGGCAAGCGCUUUAGGGCCCGUGUUAAUAUCAGAAAAGCUUUCCAGCGCUGGAGAGAGCUAAGUGGGAAGGCCUGAAAACAGAUGCGGAGGCUGCUUUGAUUCCACUUCUCAUGUAACACAGGGUUUGAGUGUCAUUGAUUGUCUGGAGCUGCUGUGCUUUUGGUGACUAUCAACAAACACUUUGUAUUUACUCUUGUGUACUGUAUUUGUGUACAUUUUUUUUGUUUGUUCAUUAUCUGUGCUUUAUUUUUCUUGAAGCAUUAUUUUGUUGCGCAUCAGCUGUGAUAAACAGACAUCCACUCACAUUGUGUGUAACAGCAUUUUUGAAAAUCUACUUACUCCAUCUUUAAUGUAAUUCUUGUAAAAAUGCACAUACAUGUGUGCUUUGAUAAUGUUAUACUUUGUAUCUAUAUAUAAAAAGCAAAGCUAUAUGUUUGUUUGUAAUAGCUUCUAGGCUGUUAAUGACUUUGCCUUUCAGUGGAUCUUUACUUGUUUACCUUAUAUAGUCAGGUUCAUUUAUACAUAUUAAAUGGCAUUGAAAUAUAUUGCUUGAUUUGAUUAAUCCAUUUCAUUAAACUACAAGAUGUGUAUGUAUUGUAUUCUGGAAAUAAAACUUUGGCCUUCUAAAAGCUAUUAUAUAUUAUAGCAUUGUGGAUUAAAAAUGUACAGCAAUUAA